UCCUCACUGCAACAAGACGUUUAGCAGUGAAUUUGCAAGAAAACGUCAUUUGGACAUACAUUCAAACAAAGUGAAAUUGAAAUGUAAUUUUUGUGGAAAAGAAAUAAAUCGGAAAGACAAUUUCGAACGUCAUUUGAAGACAUGUGAGAAGAGUAAAACGUGUUCCCAUUGCGAGAAAUGUUUCAAAACUUCCAUUCAACGACGUAUCCAUAUACUUAAAGAACACAGGGAUAAGUUGUUGAAAUGUGAAAGGUGCAAAAAAGAAUACUUGUGUGAAAAGACUCUUCAGCAACAUCUAGGAAGAUGCAAGAAUAAUCAAGAUCUUCCGGGACCUAGUAAGAGAUCUGAUGAAACUCAACAUGGGAGUUAUCAAGAUAUUCCGGGACCUAGUAACAGAUCUGAAGAAAUGCAGAAUGAGGAACCCGUUGAGAGAUAUACAUGUAGAACAUGUCAUCACAGAUUUGAUUCGCGUCGUAAUCUCUUUGUUCAUCAGAUGAAUGAACAUUUUCAAGUGGGAGAGGGAGGAUUACAGGCCAGACCAUGGGGAAAUGGAUCCCCUCCUUGGGAAGAAGGUGGGAUAGUCGACCACAACCUAAAAGAAGUAUAUGAAAGUAAUGCACCAAUCAUAUUACGGCGUCAUCAAGAGGGGACUGUUUGUAGUAUUUAUAACUUUCCCAUAGAUAAUCAGUUUUCUGUUGGGGAAAUAAUGCAAGCAGCCAAUGAAAUAUACGAUCGUCAAAAUAGAGCUUUCAGAUUAAAUUUAGAAUUUGGUCUCAUAUUGGUUAACAGCGAAACAAGAGAAUUUAGAUAUUUUAAACCCCAUCAUAAUCAGGAAGUUUUUCAGAGACCCAUUUACGUGUCACAGCGCGAACAUUUAAAACGUUUGCAGCAGCGAAUGCAACGACUUAACAUUACGAAUUACAUAUUACGCCAGCGCCCUGACACAAAAUGGAAGCCCUAUUUAAUAACCAAUGUACGCAUUGUCAUAUAUCACUUGAAUUUUGUUUUGGGAAAUGCGGAAGUCAUGUUACCUCCUCACAUUAGUCAAUCAAAAUCCAUAAUUAAGCUGACCAAGGACAGGAAUGGUCAAAUAUAUACAGAUAAUCUUUGUGCGUUCCGCUGUUUAGCGGUUCAUCAAGGUUACUAUCCCUCGGGUUUGGAAUCUCGUACACAUAUUUUAUUUCAACAGGGUCUCAUUUCAAAAUACGCAGCGAAACAAGAGAAUUUAGAUAUUUUAAACCCCAUCAUAAUCAGGAAGUUUUUCAGAGACCCAUUUACGUGUCACAGCGCGAACAUUUAA